CGUAGUGCAUAAUCCAUAAUAUUUCGUACUUUGGAAUUUGGAUACAUCUUUCCCUCCAAAACAUAACUCUAGUCUUCAGCACCAGAGGAGGGCGACAAGAGCGGGAGAAAAUGGCGUCGACCUCUGCUGCUCGAGCGACCGGUGGAGCUGCUGCACAAAUAAAAGUCGCUGCUACUACAUUAUCCUCCGAUAAUCAGACACUUAUUUCUGAUAUUCGAAAAGCAUUGAAUACUAUGAAGGAUGUUGCGGUUGAAAUGGAGAAACUCCAUCGAACUCAGGAGGUGAAUGAACUUCAAAAUGCUGUUGUAGAAUUAUUGAACACAUAUGAAGAAUCCAUGAAUUUUUCUAAUGUGAUGCAAUCAGUUGGGAACAAUUACAAGCCUGGUCCACAGUUAACUAAUUUUAAGAAAUUAUUUGAGGAUGAAGCUUCUAGGCUCAAGGGUAGUUACUCUUCCAACCGUCAAACCGGUGCUAUGCUGCGACAGUUUAAAGAAGCUGUUUGGAAUGUCCACCAUGCAGGUCAGCCAAUGCCUGGUGAAGAGCAUGAAGACAUUGUAAUGACCAGUACACAAAUUGGCAUUUCAAAUACAGUUUGCCCAAUAACUGGGAAGUCUGUUACUGAAUUGGCUGAUCCAGUUCGCAGCAUGGACUGCAAGCAUGUCUAUGACAAGAAAGCUAUUAUGCAAUAUAUGAAGAAAAAAGGAUCAACAAAAUGCCCUGUAGCAGGUUGUCCCAAAUUAUUGCUGGCUGAUAGAGUGGUGUGUGACCCUCUAUUACCUGUGGAAAUUGAUGAAUUGCGUUCUUUGAGUAAAAAAACUGUUGAGACUGAAGCUAUAGAAGACUUCACUGCACUUGAUGAUGAAUAAGAUUGAUGAGUCAAAUGAGUGAUGAAGGCUGUAUAUAAAUCUUUCACCAGUUUGGUUCUUAGUGUUCCUCAAUCCUGUGUAAAGUACAAUAGAGGUACCUUUAAAAUGCAGUUAGCUAGCUGGUUUAAAUGCUUAAAAUGCCUUCACAUAGCUGUGUUAAAAUGCUUGUUUUGCAAUGUUUCGUACCUGUUCUAUGCUGAUUACCUAGAACUACAUCGUAAAGAUUACUUUUGCUAAGAAUUCAUUAAAUAUAAUUUUUGUCUGAAAUUC